UGCAUUAGAAGCAAAAUGGAGACUGCUCAGGAACGCAAGCCAAAAAGACCCCACUACAUUCCCCGACCGCCAGGCAAGCCCUUCAAGUAUCAGUGUUUCCAGUGUCCUUUCACCUGCAACGAAAAGUCCCAUCUCUUCAACCACAUGAAAUAUAACUUGUGUAAAAACUCAAUCUCCCUGAUGUCACAGAAAACCGGGCAAGCAGCUCGACAGGUCAAGGCUGUAGCAAAGGCAGUCCCUGUCAAAUCUAAGGACUGUCCUAGCCUCCUGCAAGCAGUUCAGAACAACAGUCCUGAGAAACAGGGAGCUGAGGAGAACAAAGCUGAGAGCAGACAAGACACAGAAGAAGUAUGCAUUGGGUCUGACAGCCCGGUCGAUAAGGACAGCCAGAACAUGACAAAACCAAACAUAGUUAUAGAGAAAGAGAAUAGUGAGAGCAAUGAGGCCAAGUCUCUGCCACGCCCGUCUGCCUUCUCCCCUGUCACACCCAACCGAGAUGGAGCAGAUGCCUUCAAGUCAUCUGUGCAGCGGUCAGAGGAUUCGCAAACUCCUGCUCCCACUUUCAACCAUCCAGGCUUUCCAUGGGGUACAAUUUCAUCAUCCAUUCCCUUAAAAUCAAUACCCCCUCCCAUUGUUCCUGAAUACUCUACUUAUCUCCUGCCUGACAGGCCCCUGUAUCCAUCAUACUACCUCCCAGGAAAUCACCAUGCAAAUGAGCCAAACUCUCCGUCUUUCCAGACAGAGUUUCUGGAUCCCCAGAGGCCCGUGAUGCCACAACCCAUUGCCCCACCUCAAACUUCCCUCUUUCCUCCAUACACAUACAGAUACUGCCACUCUAUUCACCCACACCCCCCUCUGCAUUAUACCCUGUAUAGACCACAUGAACUCUCUAUGCCAAUUACAGGGCCCAGAUAUAUUCCUUUGAACUUGUACGGCCAGACCCUUGGGCCCAAGGAUAAUGACUUAUACUUGCAUUCACAUCCCAGACACAACAGCCUCAACACAUCUAAACAAGGGCAGAGCGACCACGGGCAAAGUGGAGACAAAGCAACCAGGCUAAGCCCUAAAGCGGGUUGUUCAGCCUUGGGGUCCCCUGAUAGACCCAGCCAUGCACACACCAUCCAGAGAGACACAGAGGCCCUGCAAUACACCAGCACUGGUGAAUCACAGACAACCACCCAACUAGGACACACUGCUACAGCCACGCUACCCAUCAAAAAUUACUUUAGACAAGAGGAGUCUGCUGAAAGCUUGCUGCAGUUAAGAACAUUGCAUGUGGAUGGAGGGUCAGCUGAAAGCAGAAGAUAUUCCUCCAUGUCUGUCUAUGAGUCAUGUCCUGAAACUACGUCAGAACAAGAUGAUGAGGUCAACAGUGAACAUCUGGCUCCCCUCAACCUCUCAACAAGAAAACAGGAUAAAGAAAAAAGUCCAUCUGAGCACAGACUGAGGUGCUUAGACACAGAGAAACUGAUAGGGGAUGAGUUGCCUCUGAACCUCAGCCUUCGAGCUUCUUGCAGCAGCCCUAAAGAUCUUCAGGAGAGGCCAGAUGCUAAGUCGGAUGAAGAACCAUGUGACCAGAGGCAGACUGCAGCACUGGCACUCUGUCAGCUAGCCACUGCAAGCUCCGCUGCCUCCUCGUGUGACUUCAGCACUGCACACGGGCCCUCAAAGGAUUCCACAGACGCUAGAAGCCCCGGCUCUCCAGAGAAGACCAAGCACACAACCAAGGCUAAGGCAAUGGGCAUGAAAAGAGCAAACAGCGGCCAGGCUGAAAGCAACUGCCAUAAACCACACAAGAGAGUGAAAGCACCAGGACGGGUUCUGAGGAGGAGGCUCCGUUGA